GAGGAUCGAGGCGGACGGCGGUGGCUCGCGGGCACCAGGCUGAAGUUGGGGGGGGUUGUACCCAUGGCCCCGGGGCUUGGGGGAGAGGGAGGCCGAUCGGGGAAACCAUCGGGAACCGGGCAAGACUUAAAUACCUGCGACCCCCGAGCUGGGAGACCCGACGGAUGGGGACGGAGCGGAGAACCCGGGGAGCGGGACCCGGCGCCCUGCGGCCAAAGACUGGACUCGGCGGCGGAGGCGGAGCGGCAGCGGUAGAAGGUGGCCGUAGAGGAGGCGGGAGAGAUGGUGCGGUUCUAGAACUUCAUUCCCUGCGGGGACCAGAGACCAAACCUUGACAGCUGGGCGAAAUGUGAAACCCCGCACUCAGGGAAUGCACCGAGGAAAGAGCGAACAUCGGGGAAUAAAGGACUAAAGGCGAGGCUGGCUGUGUACUCCACAGCCCAUCAAGACCAACAGUGGAUAAUGUUUGAGUCCACGUGGGAGCCGAAGGACUCUUGUCAAGCAAGAACACCAACAAAGAGCAGUAGAAUGAACUUUAGUUUUCUCACCAUGAGAAUCGGGAGAAGACUGAUGUGGAAGGAACCUUAUUUGUUUACACAAGGUCUGCUUCUCCAAAACAUGGGUUCACCAUUAUGAAUAGGCUGAGCAUGGAAAAUAGGACAGAACCCAUUACUAAAGACUUGGAUUUCCAGCUCCAGGACCCUUUCCUUCUCUACAGAAAUGCCAGAUUGUCCAUUUAUGGAAUUUGGUUUUAUGAUAAGGAAGAAUGCCAAAGAAUUGCAGAACUUAUGAGAAACCUAACUCAGUAUGAACAAUUGAAAGCCCAUCAAGAAGCUGGAGCAGGAAUAUCCCCAAUGAUCCUCAAUUCAGGAGAGGGGAAGGAAGUAGAUAUCUUACAAAUGCUCAUCAAGGCCAAAGAUGAAUAUACAAAGUGUAAAACCUGUUCUGAGCCAAAACAGAUAACCAGUUCAUCUGCCAUUUAUGACAACCCCAAUCUCAUCAAACCCAUUCCAGUGAAGCCCAGUGAAAACCAGCAGCAGCGAGUACCUCCACCCAGCCAGGCCUUAGACCCUGAACCCCAACACUUGUCCUUGACAGCACUUUUUGGGAAGCAGGACAAAGCUACAUGUCAGGAAACUGUGGGGCCUCCACAGACACUCCACCAGCAGCAGCAAGAGAAACUUCCAAUUCGGCAGGGGGUUAUCCGUUCCCUGUCCUAUGAGGAACCCAAAGGACACUCACCCCCCAUGGAGAAGCAGCUAUGUCCAGCCAUUCAGAAACUCCUGGUCAGGAGUGCAGACCUUCACCCACUGUCAGAGCUGCCUGAAAACCAGCCCUACAAAAAUGGCAGCGAGCCUCCUGCUGGGGAGGAUUUUACUGGACCUGCCCACCUGGGGUCUCCCCAGAGCUUUGGGACGUCCCAUCGAGUCCACGGUGCUUCCAGAACUCAAACCCUGCUAGAGAAGCUCCAGAGCACCCCGGCGGCCGUGAACAAGUACGACCCUGGUGCACCAGCACCUGCUGGCCCAGCAGCCCUGAACUUCACAGCCCUCUCCGCGGCCACCCCUGCCGCUCCCGUAAAGGCGGUGGCUCAGCCGCCACUGGUACAUUUCAAUGGCUCCCUUCCACCCCAGGCACUAGGACAUCAGGCUCAUGAAAAAGAUCAGUCCUCGUGCCCAAGACAAAUGCUCGCCCUUACUGGCAGUCAGACUAGUGGUUCUGGAGUGAUCUCCCCUCAAGAGUUACUGCAAAAGCUUCAGCUUGUGCAGCAGGAGCAGCAGCUGCACACAUCUAACCGCCCAGCCUUGGCAGCGAAGUUUCCUCUGCUAACUCAGAGCUCUGGAGCAGGGAAGCCCUGGGAACCCUGGGUUGACAAGACAUCCAGCACGGAAAAGCAGAUUCCCCUUUUCCAGGUCAUCUCGCCUCAGUGCAUCUCUGCCACAGUUGCUUCUUCUCUGCUCAUGAGCCCCAUGGUGUUCACACAACCUACCUGUAGCCCAUCAAAGGAGAGGGACAGCCGGCUCUUGUCCCUGGGAAGCCAGGAACCAGCUGCCGCCUCCACCAGCCUCUUCCUGCCUCUGAAGCACCCAGAGCCCUCCGUGCUCAGCCCACUGACCAAGCUGCAGCUCCAGGAAGCACUGCUGUUCCUCAUCCAGCCCUUAGCCAGGCAGAAGAGCCCAGUGACUGCCGGUCUAACUGCUGUCCACUUGCCAAGGCCAGAAACUUUCCAUAGCCAACGGAGAAUUACACCGGCUUUGCUAUACCAAUGAUGCACAUUGCAAGUAAAAUCUUAACUCAUUCCAAAAACAAAGUAUCUGCUAGCAAUCUCCUAACCAAAUGUUGAGAACCACUGACCUGGAUCAAGUCCUUCCUAUCCAGCCAACAAACCCAGGCUCCUCAUGAGUGAGCCUUGUUCAUACACACAUAGCUGGGCAGCCUGGCUGUGAUGUGUGUAACAUACUGACCAUGGAAAAACCACAGCGGACUCAUCUAACCUGGCUUCAGCCCCACUUACCAUGCAAUGUGCAGUUUACAGCUGCCAGCUGGUAGACAGACAAGGAGAUGAGCAUCUUGGGCUCAACAGGCCAGCUUCGAGACGGGGGAGCCUUUUGUUCCUGCCCACCAAUCACAGUCCUUUGGGUCUUUUGGUUUUGUUUUCCAGAAUGACGACAACUUCUUAAACAUAAUCUACGAAGCUUAUCUCUUCAACAUGACACAAGCAGCCAU